CUCAUGUUGCCUACUUCUGUAACUUUUCUACCACAUUUGCACUUGUAUAUUUGUGUUUUUUUUCCCUGUUACUCUAGUUUUGAGAUGUUACAGUUUAUUCAAACAGCUAAAUUAGAUGUAGAGACAAUCGUUGAUUAAAACUUACAAAGGUCAGGCUUUCGACAGAUAGACCCUGAAAGCUGUGGGUUGUCAAUGGAGCUGUAGUCUGAUACAGAUUUUCCUCCCUGUACUUUACUUUUCUUACUCAUGUAAAACAGCAUCCAAUGCUAAUAUUUUAUUCUGUUCUUUACAGUGGAGUCAUGAAAAGUCCAUCACAUCAACUUGUUGCUGGGGUUCAGAAUUACUUGGAGGACAAUAUGUUGCCACAGUAGUGGGUCCCGGAGAUUGGAAUUUAAUUCCGGCACUGAUCUGUCAGAAGUCUCUGUACGUCCUUCCCGUGGAAUGUGUGGGUUUACCCCGAGUCCUCCUGUUUCGUCCCACAGUCUGAAGAUGUACUGGGGCGCAUUGCAAAAACUCCGGCCUGCCAACGAGGUCAAGGUCUUCAUCUCUAGUCGGACGGACACGGGUGUCCACGCUCUGUGUAAUUCUGCUCACUUUGACAUACGGAGAAAGGAGGGGAAGCAGCCAUUUUCAGAGGAGCUUUUGGUCAAUGCCCUGAACUUCCAUUUAAAACCCGAGCCAAUCAGCAUCUUGAAAGCCUUUCGAGUGAGCGACACAUUCCACGCUCGCUACUGUGCCCGAUCACGGACGUACACCUACCGACUUGUGACGGGAUGUGCUCACCAUUCUCGUCUUCCGGUGUUUGAACGGAAUCUCUGCUGGCCCGUGUCCAGCGGACCUCUGAACAUAGAUGCCAUGAGGGAGGCAGCCCACAUGCUGCUGGGUACACACGACUUCAGCACCUUCCGGUCCUUAAACUCCGAGACUCCCUUCAAGUCGCCCCUGAAGACGCUGCUCCAGGCCGAGAUCACGCCAGGCUUCAGCAUCACGCAGCAGAACUACCCCAGCCACCUGGAGUUCUGGGAGCUAACUUUCAGGAGCCCUUCAUUCCUCUAUAAACAGGUGCGGAGAAUGACGGGAGUUCUGGUAGCUGUUGGACAGGGCAAGCUAAUGCCCCGGCAUGUUGCCGAGCUACUGGAGGUCCGUGACUCCAGAGCCUAUCCGGGGAAUCUUAUAGCCCCACCAGACGGCCUCUUUUUGAAGAGCGUGGAAUACGAUGAGAAGGAUGUUUAAGUGGAACAGGACAUAAUUCAGUGACCGUGAACUCAGAAUAAGCUGCUGCUUCCAGCUGUUACCAGGGCAAGUGGCAUCGACGUUCAUGGAUGGUCUGGUCCCGUCGGUGACCUGUGCAACUUUCUUGUAUUGCAUAAACAUACCUGGGUGUGUUUCAAAUUAUGGAGAAGGAGGAGUGUUGGAUGGAGGCUAUAUUCUUAUAUAUAUUAAUCAGCUUCUGAAAUGUGACAGUGGAGAUGGAAAUGAGACCCAGAACCUCCUAGUCCUUGCCCCCAAUCCUGUGAAACAGACACGAGCAAACCUACUUCAUUUCCUGAGGGAACAUCUGAAGGAUGCCCAUCGAAUUUUCCGUCACCAACCAUGUGAAAAGUUCCUGACAAUCAUCACAUCCUCCCCAGCAAUAUUGAAGGCUAUACAGUUCAAACCCCACCGGUUUCCUUGUCUGCGUAAGUCUAGGGAAGACACACUCCGGUCCCGCCAAAACCUGUAAGAUUGAAACGGCUCUCCCACCACAAACCCCGGUUUGUGUGGAUGCCGUGUAAUUUGCAACCCUGUUACAACUCAGUGCCAAGAAGUAACAGACAGCACCCUGCAUGCAAUUAAAGGAAUUAUAUUUAUGAAUCUUAACUCAAGGGUCAGUAAAGAAAAGAAAGAAAAAACCACAAGGAGCCAUUAUAAUUAAACAGUCAAACGUGCGCAAAGAUGGAGCUCAACUCUUCCAGAAGUUAUAUUCACCAAUUGUCAGUAGACCUCAGCAUCUUGCUCCAUCGAAUCACGGUCCCCCACCAGGUCGAAUCCAUCGAAUGUCUCCAGUGUCUUCUCCCUUCAUUUCCCGCCGAACAAUGGACCCCAGCUCACACCGGUGUCAGGCGCACGACAGAAAACCCACUCCCCUGAUUGGAUGGCUCACAUUCCAAAGCACCUGUCAUCUGCAACCAUAAUCCAAACACCACUUCGCAGGCAGUGAAACCUUUCCCAGUGUGUUGCACAAUGGUUCACGUCUUUAAGCAACCUGGAUGAACAGGUAGUCGUGAAUGGGAUUGGAGACCAGCUGUGCAGGUGAGGCUCUGCAGCAAGUUGGAGAGGAGAAGGUUAGAAGGUUUCUAACUUGUGGAAGUGAUAGAAGAUCACGUUUUACCAACACGGUUGUAAUGAAUCAGGAAGAUAACCAGUGCACCCCAGGAGUCUUGUCUUUCCUAUUGUGUCGGUUAAGAGGGUAGUAAGUUGAUGUAGGUAUUAAGUUUUGUUAAGUUCUACCUUUGAUAGGUUAGUGAGGUCAGUCUAGGGUGUGGGGGUUAGGAACAGUAACCACUUCCUGGCAAAUCAGUGCAACACUUGAAGAAUUUAAACUCAAAUGAUUAAAUGCAUCUAAUAUUUUAAAAAUUCAGUGGAUAAUAAUGGUUACCAUGGAAUUAUUGGAUUGUUGGAAGAAUCCAGUUGUUCACCAGUGUCAUUCUGGAUGGGAAACCUGCCGCCUUCAACCAGCCUAGCCUUUGUGUGACUCCAAGCCAGCCAUACCCUGGAUUUAGUUCUCUAGACGAGCACGUCACUUCAAUAAACCAAAAUGUCAAUUGAAGCUACAGUGUGCUGCUGUUUUUAUAACUAGACCGCUGAAGUGUGUUCAUGACUAUAGUUCACUUCCUCAUCGAUCAAGAUCUAGAAUUUGUUUCCUUAUAAUGUAGUGGAAUUGAUACCAACUGCGGCAAAGUUUAAAAAGGGAACAGUACUUGUUCCCUACAUCUUUGCAAGCUUUGGUUCACUCCUGACAUCAAGUUAGAGGACACCGCAUUUCAUGGUCUAGUGAAUUUGCUGUGGCAUUGGUCAAGGUAAGGAAAUGGUGUGUUGUUUGAAAGAGUUGCUGGGCAUGGUAACGGGAUUGCUAGGAAAGCAUUCACAAUGCGAUUGGAUAGACUUGAGUGUUCAGGGGCAGUGGAUACUUGAAUCCUGAGGAAAUACAUCAUGAGUAUUUGGGUAGGUUGAGGUGAUGAGGUGCAGGUCAUGUCAGGUCAGGAUUUGAGCUGGUAUCUGGGACACUGGGCAGUUUGGCAAAGGUUGGGCGAGUGAAUGGUUAUAGUGCUAGUAGGCAGUGGGAAGUGUCUUUGAGGUCAGCAAACAACUUCCUUACACCCUGAGCUGGAGUGGUCAGAUUGUUAUAAGUAAAGCACGGCUGUGCACUAUCAAAGCUUUACUCUUUGUCGGAGAAGGUUUCAUAAUCUGACAUGUAUUUUAUUUUCAAAAAAAUGUGAACACAGCUGGAUAGUGUGAGGGGCGACUAUUCCUGUGAGGAUUCCGUCUGGUCAGGCUCUUGGGGUUUUUUUUAAUCUUGGUCCAGUUAACUGCAGGCGUGAGGGAGGGUCGUUUAUCCCGGGUUUCCAUCAGCCUGCUCCAGCACAGUGUCUGAUGCAUAUGAAGGCAUCGGCUGAGGUGGAGGAGAGCAGUCAACCAAAGCAACUCUCCCCCCGCCCCCCCAGUGCUUUAAUGGUGUUUCAUUGCCUUUGUGUGAAAUUCACUUGUGAUUUAUAUUUCAGUUCCCCAUUAUUGAAAAUAAAUUUAUUUUAAAAGACAGUCACAGUCCUGAACUGUGUCUUAUGGUUAGUGCAAGGGCUUAGGCAUUUAUGAAGGUGCGUGGAGCACAGGAAUUGGGAUGUUACGUUAAAGUUGUAUAAGAUGUUGUUGAAGGCAAAUUUGAAGUUCUGGGCACCUACCUGCACAGGAAAGGUAUCAAUAAGGUUGAAAGAGUGCAGAGAACACUUUUUAAAAAUUCAUUUACGGGAUGUGGGCGUCGCCAGCGAAGACAGCAUUUAUUGCCCAUCCCUGGUUGCCCUUCAGAAAGUUGCACUUCGAAGGAUGUUUUUGAGAGGACCUGAGUUAUAGGUUAGGACACUAUUCCCCGGAGCGUAGGAGAAUGAUUUGAAAUUCAGCAGAGGUAUGACGGGUACAGACAGGGUCAAAUGCAAGCAGGCUUCUUCCACUGACGUUCAGAGGUCAUAGGUUAAGAGUGAAAGGUGAAAUAUUUGAGGGGAACCUGAAUAGGAACAACUUCACUCAGACAGUGGUGAAAGUAUGAAAUGUGCUGCCAGAGGAAGUGGAGGAUGUGGGUUUCAUUGCGACCUUUUAUUCUCCAUACAUAAGAGGCAGAACAAAAGUUCAUCAGACCGACUCCUUGACUGCGAGGACUGCUGUGUGAGAAGAAAUCUAAUGACGUAUUAUUGUAUAUUUCCUCAUUCAGCCCAUCAGGUCUGCACUGUCUCGGAGUAUUCUCAUCCGUUCCAUUCCCCGUGUAUCUCCCUGCAACCAGUUCUCCCGCGCAAGCCCAGCAACACACAUCCUCGGUUCUCCUCACCUACCGGGUGAUCACCUAACAGCCAGCACAUCUGUGGGAUAUGGGAGUAAGUCAGUGCAUCCAGGGAAAUGCAGACGUCACGGGGAGAGCGUAUGAGCUCCAGGCGGACAUCACUGGAAGUGGGGAUUGAACCUGGGAUUACUGGAACAGUGAGACAAUGACAUAACCUGUAGUGCCACUGUGAACCUUUGGGUAUUCUGCCUGGGUUAGACAGGUCGCUGGGGAGUCCAGCAUGAGGGAUAUGGGAGAUAUUUGGAGUGAGAUGAGUAAUUCUUUCCACGUGGGGCUGGUGUCCCUGGAGUUCGCGAGCACAGAGGUCAAAUCGCUGAAUAUCUUCAGGAAGCAGGGAAAUAGAUUUCUGGACUCAAGGCAUUGAAGGGUAUGGAGAUGGGACAGGAGCAUGAUAUAGGCCUUCCCUGGGUUGUUUUAUGGGCAUACAAAGUUGAUUUCAUCCACAAGUCAGGAAAUACAGAAAAUCAUUCUGUGCAAUAACCUUAUCUCCACAGUAUUGUAAUGUAAGGUCAAUUAACAUGAAUUUCCCCUAGCUAAUAUCAAUGUUACAGAAUCAGGAUGUCCUAGCUCAUUGGCUGGUUUUAAUAGGCUCAAAGUAUCAGCGGAUGUUACAUUCUUCAGUAGAGUUUCAUAGCACAGUGAUUGCUUGCCAAUUUCCGAAGCAACUGUCUUAAGCGGCCUCCCGCAGUGAAACUGGCGUCCUGACUUCAAUGGUGUCUGAUUACUGUGGGGAGGUUGCAUGCAAACAAGUUCUUUUUUUCAAGACUGCUUGAAUUUAAUAAUAUUUCUGGGAGCUCAUUUGAACAUGCUGGGGUAUCCAUAAUGCAGGCAUAAGUAUCUUAGGAAGGAUCUUUGUUGGGGCAGUGGAUCAGACAUGAUUGUAUUGAAUGGCUGAACAGUCCACUGCUUUUUGUUUCAAUUACUGUAGCUGAUAACUGCCUGUACACUGUCAUGGAAUUGGUUUAUUAUUGUCACAUUACCAAGCUUGUUGUGUAUACUGUUCAUAUGGAUUAUACAGAUUAGGGCAGAGUGGUACCAUACUGGUUAACAUAAUGAUACGACAGCACCUGUCGCUGUCUGUAAGGAGUUUAUACGUACUCCCUGUGAUCGUGUGUGUUUCCUCCCACAUUCCAAAGAUGUACAGGUUAAUAGGUGACGUGGGCUCGUUGGGCUGGAAGGACCUGUAUCUCUAAAAUAAAAUAAAAUAAAUCAAAUCAUUACACAGUACAUUGAGGUAAAGUAAUAAUAAUGCUGAAUAAAGUGUAACAGCUACCGAGGAAGUGCAGAGCAGGUACAGUAAACGAUAAAGUGCAAGAUCAUAAUGAGGCAGAUUGUGAGGCAGGGAUCCAACUCACCACACUAGGAAACCAUUUAAUGGUCUUACUACAGCAGGGUAGACGCUACUGUUGAGACUGGUGCUGUGCUUUCAGACUUCUACAUUUUCUGCCCAGUGGAAGAGGGGAGAGAAGUGAUGGUCUGGGGUGGCUGGAGUCCCUGCUUACGCUGGCUGCUUUGCUAAGGCAGCAGGUCCACAGAGGGGAAGUUGGUUUCGGUGAUAUGCUGUGUCUUGUCCACAGCUCUGCAGUUUGUUGCAGUCAUUUGCAGAGCAAUUUUUCCACUGAGGCAAGGGGAGAAAGAAACCAGAGGACAUGGGUUAAGGGUGAGGGGCGAAAAGUUUAAAGGGAACAUUAGCAGGGGCUUCUUCACACGGAGAGUGGUGGGAGUGUGGAAUGAGGUGGUAAAUGCGGGUUCUUUUUUAACAUUUAAGAAUAAAUUGGACAGAUACAUGGAUGGGAGGUGUAUGGAGGGAUAUGGUCUGUGUGCAGGUCAGUGGGACUAGGCAGAAAAUGGUUCGGCACAGCCAAGAAGGGCCAAAAGGCCUGUUUCUGUGCUGUAGUUUUUCUAUGGUUUUAAUUGCCAAACCAAGCCCUGAUGCUUCCAGAUAAGAAUCUCUUCCGUGGAGCAUCACUAAAAAUUGGUAAUGGUUCAAAGGGACAUGCCAAAUUUGUUUAGCCUCCUGAGGAAAUUGGUGAGCUUUCUUAUCUGUGGUGUCAACAGGGUUAGACCAGGACAGGCUGUUGGUGAUAUUAAAAACAUAAACACGAGGAAUUCUGAGUGUGUUGUUGGUGAUAUUCACUCUUCGGAACGUGAAGCUCUCAACC